AUGGCUGGAGGCAAAAUUAGGAAAGAAAAGCCGCAAAAGGGUGCCGCCGCCGCCGCCUCAAACCCGCACUUCCAGGGUGGCAUACCCUUCCACAAGUCCAAAGGCCAGCACAUAUUGAAAAAUCCACUCUUGAUUGACAGUAUAAUUCAGAAAUCCGGCAUCAAGCCCACCGACGUCAUCCUAGAAAUCGGUCCCGGUACUGGUAACUUGACUAAGAAGCUUCUGGAAGUCGGAAAAUCUGUCAUAGCAGUCGAACUCGAUCCCCGUAUGGUUCUAGAGUUGCAACGUAGGUUUCAAGGAACCCCGUCGUCCACUCGAUUGAAGGUUAUACAAGGAGAUGUACUGAAGUGCGAUCUUCCAUACUUUGACAUUUGUGUAGCAAAUAUCCCAUAUCAAAUUUCGUCCCCCCUUACUUUCAAAUUAUUGUCUCAUCGCCCAUUAUUCAGGUGUGCGGUAAUAAUGUUCCAAAGGGAAUUUGCCAUGAGGCUUGUUGCUCAGCCUGGUGAUAACCUUUACUGUCGCCUGUCUGUGAACACUCAACUGUUGGCUCGGGUAAACCACAACGAUUUUCACCCUUCCUUGUUGAUCAGGCCUCCGCCAAAGGUUGACUCUUCUGUGGUCAGGAUUGAACCAAGGAAACCACUUCCUGCGGUGAAUUUUAAGGAAUGGGAUGGUUUAGUUCGGAUUUGCUUUAACCGCAAAAACAAAACUCUUGGUUCAAUAUUUAGGCAAAAGAGUGUCCUUUCGGUGCUAGAGAAGAACUAUAAAACCUUGCAAGCAUUACAGCUUUCUCAAGAAGGGUUGUCAGAUUCUUCAGAAAUGGCCAUGUGUGUCACUGCUUUGGGAGACACUCUUGGUGACUUUAGCAUGGACACUGACGAAGGGAGAGAUGACGAGGAUAUGGAGAUGGAUGAUGGGGAUACAAAAGCUUCUGAUUUUAAAGAAAGAGUUUUAGGUGUGUUAAAGCAAGGAGGUUUUGAAGAAAGAAGAUCUUCCAAACUCGCACAAGCAGAUUUCAUGCACCUACUCUCCUUGUUUAACAAGGCGGGUAUUCAUUUUUCUUAG